AUGCUUGCAGAGCUCAUGCUGCCAGAUCAAUCACAUGCGCGGAAAGAGGAUUGGACCAUAUUCUUUUUGCAUAAGGAUCCCAGUGAAGAAGCCGAUGCAGCUGACGAGGUUGAAGCUCAAAAGGAUGUCAAAGACGAGACCGUUUCACCUGGGGAUGCACCAGUUCAGGAGGAUGGUGGUGACCUAGACGAUGAUGGCGGAGAGGGGCCACCUUUGAUAUACGUUCUAAACUUAGUCAAUACAAAACUUGAUUCUACCUUCUCCUCUUCUCUUUGGGUGCCAUUUCUGGAUACGCACUUAUAUCUUCAGCCUCUUCUUCUCUUGGCUCUCGAGGAAUACUACAAGUCUCCAGUCCCAGAAACAUUAGAAACCCUUUACAAUGCAGUCAACUCGAUGGAUUUAUCAUUCAUGCCGAGAUUAUCGAUGUUUGAACGACACAUAUUACUUGCUAGUGACACGAAAGAUAUGUUUACAGAGAAAUUCGAACAGAUGAUACAACAACGUAAGAUUGAGGAGGCACGUAAUCCAGAUCUAGCGCCAGAUUCGCCAUCUAAACUUGGUGUGGAAGCUACAAGUCAAAAGGGUCGGUAUACCGUGCCCCGAGACACACAUGAGUUCGAGACCAAGGUUUUCUACAACGGCGUGCCAGUACCCAUCAAAGUACCUUCAGCAUUAGUGCCCGAGACUGUUGGAGAUUUCUCCUUUAUCAAGCUUAUUCAAACUUUCGCCACUGUUCACUCCACGUCACCUCAGCCAUUUGCGCUCCAUCCUCAUCUUACAACGAACGGAGCAUAUACCCACCCAAUAAUAGUCCUUGUCAACGCCUUGCUUACACAAAAGCGGGUCAUCUUUCAAGGGCACAACAGACCAUCCGGUGAGGUUGCUGAGGCCGUCCUAGCCGCCUGUGCUCUGGUUUCCGGGGGUGUCUUGAGGGGUUUCACGCGUCAUGCGUUUCCCUACACCGACCUCACUAAAAUCGACGACUUGCUCAAUGUGCCCGGAUUUGUUGCAGGUGUAACCAAUCCGACAUUUGCAAACCACCCCGAGUGGUGGGAUUUGCUAUGUGACUUACCAACAGGACGCAUGAAGAUAAGCACCAGACUUGAGACAGCACCUGUCACCGAAGGUCUAGUUUAUUUUCAACAGCAGAAUCCUGGAUUCGCACUUAGUCCGACCAGUCUUGGUGGGAAAGAAGCCAUGAGCAAUGAUCCUACAGGUGAUAGUCUUUUUAUUGAAGGAAUAAUGCGUAGCAUCAAUUCUCGCCAUGGAGAAUCGGUUAUUCGCAGCAGAUUCAGGGAGUAUAUCAUUAAAUUCGCACGGAUGUCAGCUGCAUUUGAAGAGACUGUAUAUGGAGCGUCCGCGCUGUAUAUUGGUGCCUCGGAAGCCGACGCUGGUGCUCAUGGGGUCUCAGGGCAUGGUUAUGUAUGGUCUGAUGAUGCAGCCAAAGCUCGCGAGCUUGGAGCCAAUGUAUGGCGUAUUGAAGGUUGGCGGACGACUCGAAGCUACUAUGCUUUCAUCCAGGAUUUGACAGCUGCUUGGGAACGUAGACCAAUUCGAUCGAUUGACCUAGCUCAUCAACACGAUCGACUGCGCAGCCAGAAACUGAGCCAUGAAGACAGUGCUGCCAUUUACAUCGCUUUUGCAGAGUCGAUCCGGACUUACGAAGAAAUAUGCCAGCUUCUUACGGUAACGCCAGGUAGCAAUGCUGGGCUUUUCUACAUUGGCCUGGGGCUCUUCCACCCUGAUUUCAAGGUAAGGGUGGCAGCCGUCGAAUUACUCGAAAGGAUGAUUGAGCAUGAAGCUGGACGAAGUUUCUGGGCCCAACUCAGUCGCUUUGCUAAAUUAGCAUUCUUCAGGGUGAAAAAAGAGGCUGAGAAGCGGAGCUCAGAAGAUGAUGCAGGCAUGGAGAAUGGUAUCGGCCUUGGACUUGAUGCCCGUGUGAGAGUUGGGAAUGUCGGUCGAGCAAGUUGA